CUCCAAGUGUCUCCACAGUGUCAUUUUGAAGUCAGACCGAGCUGCAUGUGAGGACUACACCGGCGCGGCGCAGCCAGUCCGCAUCAAGUGAGGAGAGACGAGGGAAAGAAAAGGAAUAAGAGAAAGAGAGAAAAAAAAGGGAGGGAGUGUGGUAAAAGAGAGAAAAGAGCGCUGCCUAACAACCACAUGGGCAGAACACUUAGUCCCCAGCUGGAUUUAAGAUAAGAAGAAGAAGAAGACGCGCAGACUUUGGGGGGGAAGACGCGUUCAGCUGCAGCGACCGGGGACAUUUUAUUCAUAUUAUAUACAGGGGAAGAAAAAAAAAAAGGCGGAUCACAUGAGAAUGUUGAGGAGAGAAAGUAAAAACAAGACCCAGACUGUGCUUUGGGAUGUUGGUGUACAGGUUUAUCACUCACACAGUGUCCCCACUUGUUUAGUGUUAUUGUGUGAUGCCCUUAAAGCAACAAUGACCACAGAUCAGUUUUUGCCCAUGGAUGAUAACUCAGCAACUGCUGUGUUUGAUGCAAAUGGCGUUGAUGUAACACCAAGAAAAGACCGGGGAGUUUUCAAGGUCGUGAAGCGUCAGGGCCUCGAUGGGGACCGGCCAAUGAUUGGGGACAAAGUGACUGUACACUACACUGGAAAACUGCUUAGUGGGAAGAAAUUUGAUUGCAGUCGGGAACGGAAGGAGCCGUUUUGCUUCAAUGUAGGCAAAGGACAAGUCCUAAAAGCAUGGGACAUUGGUGUGAUGUCCAUGCAGAGAGGGGAGGUGUGCACGCUGCUCUGUAAACCAGAUUAUGCCUACGGACCAACUGGAAAUCCAGACAAAAUACCUCCCAACUCUUCAGUAGUGUUUGAGAUGGAGCUGCUUAACUUCGAAGGAGAGAUACUUACAACUGACGGCGGCAUCGUGAGGAGAAUAAAGGUCAAAGGGGAAGGUUACAGCAAUCCUAACGACGGAGCGAGCGUCGAUGUACACCUGGAGGGACGCUGCGGGGACCGGUUGUUUGACUGCCGGGAUGUUAGCUUCGUUGUUGGAGAAGGUGAAGAUAAAGGCAUUCCUUUGGGGGUGGACCGAGCCAUGGACAAGAUGCAAAGAGGAGAAUGCUGUUUACUUUACCUAAAACCAAAGUAUGGGUUUGGUAGUGAAGGCAAAUCAGAAUACAAAGUUGGACCAGAUAAAGAUAUCGUGUAUGAAGUUACGCUCAAAGACUUUAAAAGGGCUAAAGAGUCCUGGGAAAUGGACGUGAAUGAAAAGCUGGAUGUCGUCUCUGUAGUGAAAAAUAAAGGGAAUCAGUAUUUUAAGGCAGGACGGCACCACCAGGCAGUCAUCCAGUACCAGCGCAUCAUUUCUUGGCUGGAGUUCGAGUGCGGUACUGGGAUUGAGCAGCAUAAGAGGAUACAAGACUACGUUUUAACAGCUCACCUCAAUUUAGCAUUAUGUUUCCUUCGGCUAAAAGAGUUCUCUCAAGCAGUGGAAAGCUGUAAUAAGGUAAUCGAGCAGGAUGAGAGCAACGAGAAGGCCCUGUAUCGCCGAGGGGAGGCCCGGCUUCUCCGCAACGAGUACAGCUUGGCCAUGGCAGACUUUCAGAAGGUCCUGGAGGUCAACCCUUCGAAUCGUGCGGCUCGUGGUCAGCUUUCCAGCUGCCAGAGCAAGAUGAAGGAACACCAAGAGCAGGAAAAGAAGAUCUACGCCAACAUGUUCCAGAAAUUUGCGGACAGGGACUCCAAGACCGGCAGAACGAGGAGGAGGAAGGAUGAGAGCAUGAGGAGCAGCAUGAACGGUGAAGUGGGCAUUAAACGAAGGCGGCGGAGUCAGGACUAUCCGUCGUAGCAGGGACACGUGAGAAAGGGAGAAGAGACAGCCUCCUAUCUGCAGGGAGCAGAGGCGCAGAAACAGCUGGAUAAAAGCCUCUAACCCGCACCUCUUCGCCCCCCCCUCCAAAAAAAAAAAAAAUCCAGCGGGACCAUUCCUGCGUAUAAAGCAGAGAGUGAGCUGAACAGCAUUUAUUUGUCACAUGUACUGUUGAACAACGUUCCUCACUGUGGGGAUAGUACUACAAAAAUCACACAGUGAAUAUCGAUAUGAACACUUUUUGUCCAGUCUUUUUUUUUUUUUUAAGAAAAAAAAAAGUAAUUUCAUUUCUUCAACAAAACCAACAGUAAUCACCCCUUUUGUAGUCAUUAGGCCACUGUGCUGACAUGUGCCUCCAUAGUGUGACUUGGUAUUAGGCCUUUCUAGGGCAGCUGCAUGCAUGAGUCAUGUUUGGGAUUCAGACUUGAAACCUUGCAAAAUUUUAAAAUGUGCAAUAUGAACUAUGAAAAGCUAUAUGAAAAAAGGCAGAAGCUGGUAACUGAGUGGUGUUUUUUAGAAAAAAACACACACAAUUCGAUUUAGUUUUUUGCCCAACAAGCUUGGUUAAACUUGGGUUAAACGUGGAUAAAUAAUAGGGACAGCGGUUUUUUUAGAAAAUAGAUUUUAUAAACCCCGGAUCUGAACUUUACAUUUUCAUCCGGCAACAGAAGAGCUGCAAAGAAAAAAAAAAGCACAAGCAGAUGCCAAAAUGAUCCUAAAACAAUGAUCUGUAUUUUUAAGUGUGGCAAAUUCCUGAUUGACAUUCGACUGUAGAUAUUUUUUUAAAACGUGUCAACAGCUGAAAAGGUUACUUCCAGAAAAGAAUUGAAAGUUGAGCACUUUGUUUUCCUAAAACUGUUUCGACAAUGAUGAUGCACUAAAAAUACCUAUACAUCCAUGAUAAUAACCUUUUAAUUUGUACAAUUUUAUAUAUUUCGCCCAUCAGACAGUAUUAAAGAGAAGCCAGCAAGGUACUGUUGUGAAUUAAGUUAAAAGGGGACAAACACUUGUGCAAGGUUUUAUAAAAGGAAUAUGAUACAUUGUAAGCCACUGGCAGCUGCAAAACACCUAAGAUGGUGAAAAAUACAAAAGACAGAACACAAGUGCAUUCACCAAAAUAAACAGAAACAAACAAACUGGAUAUCAUUUCAAAGGUAAUUUAUUUCAGUCAUUCAACUCAGAAAUUGAAAAGCAUAGAAGUUCAUAACACAAAAUGAUGUAUUUUACGUGUUUCUGGAUACUUUUGAUAAUUUUGGCUUACAGCUGAUAUGAACCCAACAUCAUGUUUCUCAGAAUAUUAGAGUAUUGCGUAAGAUCAACUAAAAAUCAUUUCCCACGCCGAAAAAUGGGUCUAUCAAUCAUACAUUUUUUUCUCCAUAGAGCACUUUAAAUACAAUCUAAUGUAAGGAAACGUGCUGAGAUGUAUGUCCAUGGCCUGGAGAGUAUAGACCUAAAGUCCCUGGUCAUUGCUCCUUUUGGAUGAGCCCAGCAUGGCGUGGAGGUGAUCAGUCAGAGUCUCUGCUGAGGUGUGCAGGAUGCCCACGUUGCUUUGAUAGCAGCUGUGGGCAGGCACCAAGUCCAGCUGGAAAGUCAAAUGAGCAUCUCCAUAAAUCUUGUCAGCAGAUGGAAACAUGAAGUUCUGCUUUGAAUGUGGACCUGAGAAAACACAGAAGACCAACACCGGCAGGCAUAUAAACUUGACUCCCCAGAUCCUCUUUAGUCAGGACCCUGACGCAGCUUGGCGUCUGUUCCUCGCCACUCUUCUUCCAGACCCUGGGUCCUCGAUUUUCAAAUUUUACUUACACCUGAAAAGAGACUGAGAAACAUCCAGUCUUUUCCCUUCUUCCUCGGGGUAAGAUAUUUCUGCCAUCUCGGUUUCAGGAGUUGUUGGACACAACAAUUGUCUCGGUUAUAACCCACAUCCUGGAAACCGUGUGGCUCUUAAAGCUCUGGCUCCACUCACACCUUGUGAAUAUCUACCAAUAUGGAUGCGCUUUUCUUGUGCACUAUUUUUCUGUUUCAGUCUUUCCUUCGAUAGAACCUCCAUUAAAGUGCUUGGAUACAGCCACCUGUGAACAGCCAGCUCCUUUAUCUAUGGCCUUUCGGACUUACCCUCCUAGUUAAGGGAAUAUCUGUUGGAGGACUGUCAAGUUAUUAUUUAGGGCAUAACAUAACAUUUCUCCAUUGCAAAUUGUCUUUUUAUUUGUCUUAUGUACUAUUCAUAAAUUGAAUUGAAUUUGUAAGCCACAAUCAUCCAAAUGAACAGAAUUACCGUAAGUGCUUUAAAUACAGCGUGUUUAAUGAAUCUAUAUAAUACACAAUACGAAUUCUUCAAUGAAAUAAAUGAACUUUUGGGUGACAUUCUAGACGUUUUGAGACGCAGCUUUGUGUUAUAUUGAAUGUCUUGCAGCGAUCCAGUGGUUUAGCACUUAGUUCUCACAGCAGGAGGUUCCCGGGUCUGACCUGCCGGACGCCCAAAGCCUUUCUGUGAGACGUUUAUCUCUCGUCAUUAGUUUACUCCCUCAGUCCAAAGACGUUAAUUGGUGAACCCCGAUGUCGUUAUAAGUGUGACUUGAAUGUUGUGAAUAUAACACCCCCCCCCCCUCACACACGAACGUCAUGUUCUGUUUUAGAUAGGAUAGUUUGCAGCCCAAACCUACGUUUUCGUUUACACUCUGGAGCUUUAAAUACAUUUAAAGAGUUAAACUGAACUUUUACCCUCUGUAAAACAAACAAACAAAAAAAAAAAAAUGGCACAACCUGCUAGAAGGCUUGUAGUGAUGAUAGUAAGCAACACAUAAUUACUUCACACCCCCCCCCCCCCGGCUUUGUAUUUGGCUUCUUCUUGUCUGUGUGCGGGAGACUUUGGAAUCAUCACAAAUUUGUCUAAUUUAUUUUUUUAGCGAUAUGAAUUUUUUUAAAAUAUUUUUUUGCCUCAGCUUUGAAAUGUUUCUUUUUUUUCUUACUUUACACUCAAUCCAUUUCUUAAAAAAAAAAAAAAAAAGCGUGUUAAUGUUUGUGUAAAGGGCAAUAUUGCACUUUGGUCACUGUCCAACCAACACUGUCAUCCUUGUAUGUCAUGUCCAAAUUUCUCUGGACAAUAAUAUUGAGAUGUUUUAGAAACAUUUGGCUGGUUCAGAAUGAAAACCUUAGCUGUCUUAACAAUUUUGCAUUAAAAAAAAAAAAGAAAGAAAAGAAAGUGGCAGUGACGACUUUGUGUGUUUGUGUGUCUGUAUAUAUUAUUGUAUCUUGACAAGGUUUCUAAACAGCUUGUUGCUAAAUGUUUUCAAGUGCUGCUGCCUCUGAAUAUUCAAAUAUUUUGUAUAGUGAAAAUGAGCAUGAAGUACUUUUUUCUAGCCGUUUAAUUUGUAGACAAAGAUUUACAGAUUGUCUUACCAACAGCAAGUAAAAGUAAAAAUAUUUUCAGCCUUCUUAUUUGUCACGUUUUGGUAAAUUUACAAUCAGCGAAUCUAGAUGUGGGGGGAAAAAAGAACAAGAACCUAACAGGCUAGAGAGAGAAAAAAAAUGCAGCUGGAUAAACUGCAGUGUGUCCGAUGUGUGAUUGGAUUUAUCUAAACUAUUGAAGUUUUCUGUCGCAAAAUGUGUUUACAUGUACUCAAACGAUCGUCGUCUUGUAAAGAGAUGAUCCAUGUUUUGAAUCGGCAUUUAUGCAAAAUAAAUAUUUUCUGACAAAAA